CAUCCCUCCCUCAGAGGAUGUCGGGAUGACCAGGGUUGUUCUCUUGGUAACUGUGUUAAUUGGACCAUUUUCCUGUCCUGCUAAGCAUUCCAACUGUAAUGAGUACUUUUGGGUGCCAUGGAAAAUGUAUUGAGUAAAAAGUACAUGAUUGUCUUUAGAACAGGAGUCGAGAAGGUCAGUGUGCAAAAUCAGGACAUGAUAGAUUUCCGCGAAAGAAAAAGAAUGUUAUAGACAAGAUAACAACGUCAAGACAGAAGAGAGAAAGGCCAACUCCAAUCAUGUCUGAGGCCGGUAACAUCAAAAGUGAAGACAAACCCAGUCUACAGUCACUGGGUCCAGAUUGUGACAGUGGAGUCCAGUUUGCACUGCAGGAUCCAGAGAUGACAUCAGUGAAGCUGGAAGACUGCAGUCAAACACUGGAGCUGAAUGUCAACAUUAAAGAUGAAGAGGAGGAGGAGGAGAUUGGGGAAUCUGUUUAUGAUGGAGACCAUGUUGAGACAUUCUCUACAUCUGGAGAGCAACAGCAGGAAGAUCACAGAGCUAAGAGGUCUCACCACUGCCCACAUUGUGAGGAGAUUUUCCCAAUUCAAUCAAAACUAGAAGUACACCUAAAAAUACACACAGGAGAGAAUCUGUAUUCCUGCACUGACUGUGGGAAGAGUUUCACAACAUCACAGGCUCUGACAGUUCAUCUGCGAGUCCACACUGGAGAAAAACCUUACUCCUGCUCUGACUGUGGAGAGAGUUUCUCUCAACAGAGCAGCCUAAAAACACACCAACGUAUACACACAGGAGAGAAGCCUUACUCAUGCUCUGACUGUGGGAAGAGUUUCUCCGUAUCAAGCAACUUAAAAACACAUCUAAAAAUACACGCCGGUGAGAAGCCUUACUUUUGCUCUGACUGUGGGGCGAGUUUUUCUCAACAGAGCCACUUACAAACCCACCAACAUAUACAUACAGGAAAGAAGCAUUACUUAUGCUCUGACUGUGGAAAAUGCUUCAUAACAUCAGCUGAGUUAAGAGUUCAUCAGAGAACACACACAGGAGAGAAACCUUACUGCUGCUCUGACUGUGGGAAGAGUUUCUCUCAACAGAGCAACUUAAAAUGUCACCAGCGAAUACACACAGGAGAGAAGCCUUACUCCUGCUCUGACUGUGGGAAGAGUUUCACCCAUUUGGAUAUAUUAAAAUGUCACCAGCGAAUACACACAGGAGAGAAGCCUUACUCCUGCUCUGUCUGUGGGAAGAGUUUCUCCCAACAGGGCAACUUAAAAACACACCAACGUAUACAUAAAGGAGAGAAGCCUUACUCCUGUUCUGACUGUGGAAAAUGCUUCACCACAUCAACUGAGCUAAAAGUUCAUCGGAGAACACACACAGGAGAGAAGCCUUACUGCUGUUCUGACUGUGGGAAGAGUUUUUCCCGAUUGGCUACCUUAAAAACACAUCAAUGUAUACAUAAAGGAGAGAAGCCUCAUCACUUCUCUCAGACCAGCUAAGAUUAAAGUCACUCCAUUGAUUAAUCCUCAUCUCGUAAAAGAAGUGGUAACAGUGAAUUGGAUCAAGAAGAAGAAGAAAGGAUUACAAGUGUUCUAUGCUAUUGUUUCUCAAUGUGAGAGAACUGUGCAGAGGAAAGGGAGUGUUAUAGAAUUAUGACAUUGGAAAUCAUCUUUCUCCAAAAGAUAGAAACGCGCCAUUUUCACAUAUGUUGAUGUUGGGGUGGUGCUGGGGAUGAUAAAUAUGAAGUUGGAACAUUUUAAAAUGUCCCUUUUAAGGCAAAAACAAUAGGAUAGUGGUUGGUCGGGUGGAUCAGCAAAAACAUGAAAGUCUAGCAACCCAACGGUUGCGUGUUCAAAUCUCAUCACGGACAAUUUGAGCUAAUAAGCAACUUUGCAACUACACUACAUGACCAAAAGUAUACCGUUCAAAAGUUUGGGGUCACUUAGAAAUGUCCUUGUUUUUGAAAGAAAAGCUAUUUUUUUUUGUCUUUUUUAUAUAACAUCAAAUUGAUCAGUGUAGACAUUGUUAAUGUUGUAAAUUACUAUUGUCGUUGGAAACGGCAGAUUUUUUAUGAAUAAUCUACAUACGCGUACAGAGGCCCAUUAUCAGCAACCUGUGUUCCAAUGGCACGUUGUGUUAGCGAUUAAAGUGAUAAACUUGAAAAAGGCUAAAUGAUCAAUAGAAACCCCUUUUGCAAUUAUGUUAACCAGCACAACCGUUUUUAGCUGUGCUAAGUUGGACUAGUUGAGUAUCUGGAGCAUCAGCAUUUGUGAGUUUGAUUACAGGCUCAAAAUGGCCAGAAACAAAUAACUUUCUUCUGAAAUUCUAUUCUUGUUCUGAGAAAUGAAGGCUAUUCCAUGCGAGAAAUUGCCAAGAAACUGAAAAUCUCAUACAACGCUGUGUACUACCUUCACAGAACAGCACAAACUGGACCUAACCAGAAUAGAAUUAGGCGUGGGAGGCCCUGGUGCACAACUGAGCAAGACGACAAGUACAUUAGAGUGCCUAGUUUGAGAAACGGAUGCCUCACAAGUCCUCAACUGGAAGCUUCAUUAAAUAGUACCCGCAAAACACCAGUCUCAACGUCAACAGUGAAGAGGCGACUCCGGGAUGCUGGCCUUCUAGGCAGAGUUGCAAAGAAAAGACAUAUCUCAGACUGGCCAAUAAAAAGAAAAGAUUAAGAUGGGCAAAAGAACACAGACACUUGACAGAGGAACUCUGCCUAGAUGGCCAGCAUCCCGGAGUCGCCUCUUCACUGUUGACGUUGAGACUGCACUGUAUUUCUGAUCAAUUCGAUGUUAUUUAAUGGACAAAAAACAACAAUCUUUGAACGGUAGUGUAUGUGGGCACCUGUUCGUCGAACAUCUCAUUCCAAAAUCAUGGGCAUUAAUAUGGACUUGGUCCCCCUUUUGCUGCAAUAACGGGUUACACUCUUCUGGGAAGGCUUCCCACUAGAUGUUGGAACAUUGCUCUGGGGAUUUUUUCCAUUUAGCCACAAGAGCAUUAGUUGGGCGAUUAGGUCUGGCUCGCAGUCAACGUUUCAAUUCAUCCCAAAGGUGUUCGAUGAGGUUAAGGUCAGGGCUCUGUGCAGGCCAGUCAAGUUCUUCCACACUGAUCUCGACAAACCAUUUGUGUAUGAACGUCUAUUUGUGCUCGGGGGCAUUGUCACGCUGAAACAGGAAAGGGCCUUCCCCAAACUGUUGCCACAAAGUUGGCAGCACAGAAUCAUCUAUAAUGUCAUUGUAUGCUGUAGCGUUAAGAUUUCCCUUCACUGGAACAAAGGGAACUAGUCCGAACCAUGAAAAACAGCCCCAGACCAUUAGUUUUCCUCCGCCAAACUUUACAGUUGGCACUAUGCAUUGGGGCAGGUAGCGUUCUCCUGGCAUCCACCAAACCCAGAUUUGUCCAUCGGACUGCUAGAUGAUGAAGCGUGAUUCAUCACUCCAGAGAACAUGUUUCCACUGCGUCAGUCCAAUGGCGUUUAGUUUUACACCACUCCAGCCAACGCUUGGCAUUGCGCAUGGUGAUCUUAGGCAUGUGUGCUGCUGCUCAUCCAUGGAAAACCAUUUUAUGAAGCUCCCAACGAACAGUUCUUGUUGACAUUGCUUCCAGAAGCAGUUUGGAACUUGAUUGUGAGUGAUGCAACCGAGGACAGAUAAUUUGUACAUGCUUCAGCACUCGGCGGUCCUCAAGCAGGGCAGACAUUUGAUGAACUGGCGGUGCCACAUUGAAAGUCACUAAGCUCUUCAGUAAGGCUAUUCUACUGCCAAUGUUUGUCUAUGGAGAAUGCAUGGCUGUAUGCUAGAUUUGUAUACUUCUGUCAGCAACGGGUGUGGCUGAAAUAGCCAAAUCCACAAUUUGAAGGGAUGUCCUCAUACUUGUGUAUAUAGUCUGCUUACCAUGUUAAUGUUAGCAACAACAAAUUGGAAUUCGUAAAAUAUCAUACGUGUAGAAAAUUGUAACAUAUUGUAUGAUAUGUAAUUCGUAACAUACUAUACAUCCUACAAAUUGUUUUACAGUUAUAGGCCAAUGUAAUGUAACAUAACAUACUAAAUUGUGUGGUAUGUUGUUUUUUUUCUCUCCAUAUAGUACGUUUUGCUCUGACACCAAGUUGUCUCUGACAGUUGCCCCUCUGCAGUUCUCUGUGGGAAUUAGUUGGGAGAUACAGUUGAAUUUGGUAGUUUACAUACACUUCGGUUGGAGUCAUUAAAACUUGUUUUUCAACCACACCACACAUUUCUUGUUAACAAACUAUAGUUUUGGCAUGUCGGUUAGGACAUCUUCUUUGUGCAUGACACAAGUUGUUUUUCCAACAAUUGUUUACAGACCGAUUAUUUCACUUAUAAUUCACUGCAUCACAAUUCCAGUGGGUCAGAGGUUUACAUACACUAAGUUGACUGUGCCUUUAAACAGCUUGGAAAAUUCUAGAAAAUUAUGUCAUGGCUUCUGAUAGGCUAAUUGACAUCCUUUGAGUCAAUUGUAGGGGUACCUGUGGAUGUAUUUCAAGGUCUACCUUCAAACUCAGUGCCUCUUUGCUUGACAUCAUGGGAAAAUCAAUAGAUAUCAGCCAAGACCUCAGAAAAUAAAUUGUAGACCUUCACAAGUCUGGUUCAUCCCUGGGAGCAAUUUCCAAACACCUGAAGGUACCACGUUCAUCUGUACAAACAAUAGUACGCAAGUACAAACACCAUGGGACCACGCAGCCGUUAUACCGCUCAGGAAGGAGACGCGUUCUGUCUCCUAGAGAUGAAUGUACUUUGGUGCGAAAUGUGCAAGUCAAUCCCAGAACAACAGCAAAGGACCUUGUGAAGAUGCUGGAGAAGAUAGGUACAAAAGUAUCUAUAUCCACAGUAAAAAGUCCUAUAUCAACAAAACCUGAAAGGCCGCUCAGCAAGGAAAAAGCCACUGCUCCAAAACAACCAUGAAAAAGCAAGACUACGGUUUGCAACUGCACUUGGGGACAAAGAUUGUACUUUUUGGAGAAACGUCCACUGGUUUGAUGAAACAAAAGUAGAACUGUUUGGCCAUAAUGACCAUCGUUAUGUUUGGAGGAAAAAGAGGGAGGCUUACAAGCCGAAGAACACCAUCCCAACCGUGAAGCACGGGGGUGGCAGCAUCAUGUUGUGGGGGUGUUUUGCUGCAGGAGGGACUGAUGCACUUCACAAAAUAGAUGGCAUCAUGAGGGUGGAAAAUUAUGUCGAUAAAUUGAAACAACAUCUCAAGACAUCAGUCAGGUUAAAUGGGUCUUCCAAAUGGACAAUGACAAUGACCCCAAGCAUACUUGCAAAAUGGCUUAAGGACAACAAAAUCAAGGUAUUGGAGUGGACAUCACAAAGCCCUGACCUCAAUCCUAUAGAAAAUGUGUGGGCAGAACUGAAAAAGCAUAUGCGAGCAAGGAGGCCUACAAAUCUGACUCCAUUACACUAGCUCUGUCAGGAGGAAUGGGCCAGAAUUCACCCAACUUAUUGUGGGAAGCUUGUGGAAGACUCCCCGAAACAUUUGACCCAAGUUAAACAAUUUAAAGUCAAUGCUACCAAAUACUAAUUGAGUGCAUGUAAACUUCUGACCCACUGGGAAUGCGAUGAAAGAAAUAAAAGCUGAAAUAAAUCAUUCUCUCAACUAUUAUUCUGACAUUUCACAUUCUUAAAAUAAAGUGGUGAUCCUAACUGACCUAAGACAGGGAAUUUUUACUGGGAUUAAAUGUCAGGAAUUGUGAAAAACUGAGUUUAAAUGUAUUUGGCUAAGGUGUAUGUAAACCUCUGACUUCAACUGUACAUGUAUCAGAUAGAGAUGGUGUGAUGAUCAGUUUUCACCAUUACUUUGGGUGGAUUCUUGUUUGAUUAUACACAGGCUAUGAAAUGACUACAUGUGUUUUAUUAAAUUGUCUUUUAACACUAGAUUCAUUAUUUUAGUCAUUGAUUCAGGUAUUUGGAUAACUAAUGAAAUUAAUUGAUAUACCAAUGAAAAAUAAACAUGCUACAUGAA